GGGAGUUCAGACCUAGAUCUUUCCAGUUAAUCACACAACAAACUUAGCUCAUCGCAAUAAAAAGCAGCUCCGAGCUGACUGGCUUUUUAGGCACUGACUCGGAAGGACUCUCUCGCCCAGGCAUCUCCUACAGUGGGGUCCGCCAGCCCGUCCUGCACCAUGUGGGUGACCAAACUUGUGCCAGUCUUGCUGCUGCAGCACGCCCUCCUCCACCUCCUUUUGCUCCCCAUCGCCAUCCCCUCUGCAGAGGGACAGAGGAAAAGAAGAAAUACCCUUCAUGAAUUUAAAAAGUCAGCAAAAACUACUCUAAUUAAAGAAGAUCCAUUACUGAAGAUAAAAACCAAAAAACUGAACACAGCAGAUCAAUGUGCUAAUAGAUGUAUUAGGAAUAAAGGACUUCCAUUUACUUGCAAGGCCUUUGUUUUUGAUAAGGCAAAGAAACGAUGCCUCUGGUUCCCUUUCAAUAGCAUGUCCAGUGGAGUGAAAAAAGAAUUCGGCCAUGAAUUUGACCUGUAUGAAAACAAAGACUACAUUAGAAACUGCAUCAUUGGUAAAGGAGGCAGCUACAAGGGAACGGUGUCUAUCACUAAGAGCGGCAUCAAAUGCCAGCCCUGGAAUUCCAUGAUACCACAUGAACACAGCUUUUUGCCUUCGAGCUAUCGAGGUAAAGACCUACAGGAAAACUACUGUCGAAAUCCUCGAGGGGAAGAAGGGGGACCGUGGUGUUUCACAAGCAAUCCAGAGGUACGCUACGAAGUCUGUGACAUUCCUCAGUGUUCAGAAGUUGAAUGUAUGACCUGCAAUGGGGAAAGUUAUCGAGGUCCUAUGGAUCAUACAGAAUCAGGCAAGAUUUGCCAGCGCUGGGAUCAUCAGACACCACACCGGCACAAAUUCCUGCCAGAGAGAUAUCCCGACAAGGGCUUUGAUGAUAAUUAUUGCCGCAAUCCUGAUGGCAAGCCGAGGCCAUGGUGCUAUACUCUUGACCCUGACACCCCCUGGGAGUAUUGUGCAAUUAAAAUGUGUGCUCACAGUAGUAUGAAUGACACUAAUCUUCCUAUGGAAACAACUGAGUGCAUUCGAGGUCAAGGAGAAGGUUACCGAGGCUUCACCAAUACAAUUUGGAAUGGAAUUCCAUGCCAGCGCUGGGAUUCCCAGCAUCCUCAUCAACAUGACAUAACUCCUGAAAAUUUCAAAUGCAAGGACUUAAGAGAAAACUAUUGCCGAAAUCCAGAUGGAGCUGAGUCACCCUGGUGUUUCACCACUGAUCCAAACAUCCGAGUUGGUUAUUGCUCCCAAAUUCCAAAAUGUGACGUGUCAAGUGGACAAGAUUGUUAUCGUGGGAAUGGCAAGAGUUAUAUGGGCAACUUAUCCAAGACAAGAUCUGGACUAACAUGUUCCAUGUGGAACAAAAACAUGGAAGACUUACACAGGCAUAUUUUCUGGGAACCAGAUGCUAGUAAGCUGAAUAAGAAUUACUGUCGGAAUCCUGAUGAUGAUGCCCAUGGUCCCUGGUGUUACACAGGGAAUCCUCUCAUUCCUUGGGAUUAUUGCCCUAUUUCUCGUUGUGAAGGCGAUACCACACCUACAAUAGUCAACUUGGACCAUCCUGUAAUCUCAUGUGCCAAAACUAAACAAUUGCGAGUUGUAAAUGGGAUUCCAACGCGAACAAAUGUAGGAUGGAUGGUUAGUUUGAAACACAGAAAUAAACAUAUCUGCGGAGGAUCAUUGAUAAAGGAGAGUUGGGUUCUUACUGCAAGACAAUGUUUCCCGUCCCGAGACUUGAAAGAUUAUGAAGCUUGGCUGGGAAUCCAUGAUGUCCAUGGUAGAGGAGAUGAGAAACGCAAGCAGGUUCUCAAUGUCUCCCAGCUGGUAUACGGGCCUGAAGGAUCAGACCUAGUAUUACUGAAGCUUGCUAGGCCUGCAGUCCUGGAUGACUUUGUUAGUACAAUUGACUUACCUAAUUACGGAUGCACGAUUCCUGAAAAGACCACUUGCAGUGUUUAUGGCUGGGGCUACACUGGAUUGAUCAACUCCGAUGGCCUAUUGAGAGUAGCUCAUCUCUAUAUUAUGGGAAAUGAGAAAUGCAGCCAAUAUCAUCAAGGGAAGGUAACUCUGAAUGAGUCUGAAAUAUGUGCUGGGGCUGAAAAGAUUGGAUCAGGUCCAUGCGAGGGGGAUUAUGGUGGCCCACUUGUUUGUGAACAACAUAAAAUGAGAAUGGUUCUUGGGGUCAUUGUUCCUGGUCGUGGAUGUGCCAUUCCAAACCGUCCUGGUAUUUUUGUUCGAGUAGCAUAUUAUGCAAAAUGGAUACACAAAAUUAUAUUAACAUAUAAAGUACCACAGUCGUAGCUGAAGUGUGUCUGAAGCUUCCAUCAAUAGAGCUCUAUUUUUACAUGAAGAUUUCGGAGAGUGGGGAAUUAAAACAUCACUUAUAACAACCCUAAGAAAACUACUUGAGUGUCAAGUUUAUUAAGAUACUCAUUAAUAUUUGUGGGUGUUUCUAUUGUUUUGUUUGUCAGUGUUAUUUUGUAAAUGUUGAAGUGAAUUAAGGUACAUGCAAGUGUAGUAACAUAUCUCCUGAAGAUACUUGAAUGGAUUACAAAAUGCAAAGGUAUAAUUGAUGGAUGAGAAAAGAUUUAAUGGAAAAGAUCUACGCUGCUUUCCAUGGUUAGAUUCUUAAUAAUGCAUAAACCAUAAUUUAAAUGUUAUUUGAACCUCACCACAACCAUUUAUUACCUUAUGCCCUUAAAUUUUAGCUCUAUGUUAAAUUAUAUUCCCUCUCA